AAACAACUAGUGAAAAACACCAAUGGCUAGAGACGCUAGGUGGCGGACGUGGGAUUUAGAUUGCUUGCAAGAAACUUUGGUGUCUAGACAACAACACGAAAAUGAAAUUGAACCAUUGAUUGUUCCUGGAUGUACAAGAGAAAUUACUUCUCUGAAUUUGGGGUCAAUUGUGUUGCCCAAAGAAGCAUUUUUUACAUCAAACGAUGCCGGUGCGAGAUUGAGGGCAAGAGGUCGCGGAAGGUCAUUGACCAAUAGGGCUCUUGGGAUUGAUAAGCCCAGCAGACGACCUGGGGAGAAAAAUAUCUCACAUGAGGUGGGGAUAUAUUGGGUAAUGUUGGUCACCAGGUGGGCUGGGGGGAGGACAUGUGUCGACAAGAGAAGGGGGAGCAUGCUAGAUUUUGAUAAGCCUGAAGGUACAUUUCCACUCAGGAAAAUUUUCUGCGGAAAGAAAAUUUUGUAAAAUUUGAUAAUUUGGCCGAUACAAUUUUCCGUCGGAAAAAAAUUUUGAAGUUGAAAAUGUUCAACUUUUAAACAAUAAUAUUUUCGGAAAAUUUUCUGUCCGUGGAAAAUUGUCUUGAGUGGAAAUGGGCCUUAACAGUUAUUUUGGGGGAGAGGGGGCUUAGACGAGGGAGGAGGUUAUGAGGGGUAAUAUAUUAUACAUCACUGGGCACAUGUGUCGGUGGGGGUGGUUACUGGUAGGUAGGAAAUGGGGGGGGGGGUCCUGCCUUAAAUACUCUCUAAAAGGCAUUGAAUAUUAGUUGAUUAAUUGUGUAACAAAGCUUUAAUUAAGAAUGGUUUUACAACUAUGAAAAUCAGGAUUUGCUGAAGUCAAUGAAUUUUAAGAACUGAAAUUUACAGCAACGGAUAUGUGAUAAUAUGUGGAUGAUCUAAAUUUGCACAUCCAGUAUCUGCAGUAGUACCCUAGUAGAGACGAGUCAAUAUUCAUGUUUCUCAACAAAUAUUUAUAUUCUUACUUGUAGGCCGGUAAUCCCACUGUUGACAAUCCUAAACCCACAACCCUUGGGUCGCAGUUUUUCGGCUCAAGAUGUCUUUAUGAAGAACUGUUUCCAUCCUUAGACCAAUCAUCUACUAAAAAAUCUGAUCCUUCAUUACCAAUACCACCUGUGUGGAGUGGUAAACAAAAAUCAAAGAGAGGCAAGCAGAAUAAUGAACAAGCAACAAAUAACAAAAGUUCAUUUUUGGAAAAAUCUACAACAGACCAGUUCAAAUCAAAACAAUCAGAUGGCCAUGACAAUAGCACAAAUAAUGGUCAGAAAAAAUUGACAUCCUUUUUGGAGAACUCUAGAGAGAUACUAGAACAAUCACAUGUCGACAGUGACACAAAUAGAGAUGAAACAAAAUUACCAUCUUCAACCUUUUAUAGCUGUGCAAAUGAUGUUGUGACCAAUGUUAAAAAGUUUGUGGAAACUAAAGACAAGCCAAGAUCAGACCAAUUAAGUGCUUCUGAAAUUCCUAUGAAUGAUAAACAUGUAACAACCGAGACUUCCAACACAAAUGAUGGUGAAAGUGAUUCACAAUUUAACACGGUAGGAUUUGGUAGAAUUGAGGCAAUCUCAAGUGAAAGUGAUUGGCAAUCUGAUGAGGAAGAAUUUGAGCCUAUUGAAAACAAGAUUUCUCUACAGUCAUCAAGCUUGGAAAAUAGAAACAGUGUGGAUUGUUUGAUUACAACAGAAUCCAAGGAAUUAGACAAGGAUAAACAAUCAGAGAAACUGAAUAUGUUAUCACACAAGUUGGAAAUUGAUGACUACCAAAAUUCAAAUCCAAAAGAUUGUGUACAAGAGAUUCAGUGGAUAGACAGUGAGAACAAUGAUAAAUUUUGUGAACAAUACAACAAUGACAAUGACUGGCAAUCUGAUGAAGACGAAUUUGGGCCAAUUGAAAACAAAAUUUCUCUUGUGGAUUGUUUGAUUACAACAGAAUCCGAGGAAUUACACAAGGAUGAACAAUCUGAGCCACUGAAUAUGUUAUCACACAAGUUGGAAAUUGACGACCACCAAAAUUCAAAUCCAAAAGAUUGUGUACAAGAGAUUCAGUGGAUAGACAGUGAGAACAAUGAUAAAUUUUGUGAACAAUACAACAAUGACAAUGACUGGCAAUCUGAUGAAGACGAAUUUGGGCCAAUUGAAAACAAAAUUUCUCUUGUGGAUUGUUUGAUUACAACAGAAUCCGAGGAAUUACACAAGGAUGAACAAUCUGAGCCACUGAAUAUGUUAUCACACAAGUUGGAAAUUGACGACCACCAAAAUUCAAAUCCAAAAGAUUGUGUACAAGAGAUUCAGUGGAUAGACAGUGAGAACAAUGAUAAAUUUUGUGAACAAUACAACAAUGACAAUGACUGGCAAUCUGAUGAAGACGAAUUUGGGCCAAUUGAAAACAAAAUUUCUCUUGUGGAUUGUUUGAUUACAACAGAAUCCGAGGAAUUACACAAGGAUGAACAAUCUGAGCCACUGAAUAUGUUAUCACACAAGUUGGAAAUUGACGACCACCAAAAUUCAAAUCCAAAAGAUUGUGUACAAGAGAUUCAGUGGAUAGACAGUGAGAACAAUGAUAAAUUUUGUGAACAAUACAACAAUGACAAUGACUGGCAAUCUGAUGAAGACGAAUUUGGGCCAAUUGAAAACAAAAUUUCUCUUGUGGAUUGUUUGAUUACAACAGAAUCCGAGGAAUUACACAAGGAUGAACAAUCUGAGCCACUGAAUAUGUUAUCACACAAGUUGGAAAUUGACGACCACCAAAAUUCAAAUCCAAAAGAUUAUGUACAAGAGAUUGAGUGGAUAGACAGUGAGAAUGAUCAAUUUUCUGAACAAUGCAAUAAUGACAAAGUUGACAUUUGUGAUCAGAUGUCAGACUAUUUGGAAGUUGAAGAUGAUCAAAAUUCAACAAGUCUAAAAGAUGUUAAUUUUCAAGAAACUGACUGGAUUGAAAGCAAGGAUAAUCUAUUGUUUCAGAAAUAUGGUAAUGAUGACGAUAAGAUUUCAAGUCACUUAUUAGACCAAUUAAGACUAGAAGGCAACCCAAAUCCAAAAGAUUACUUUCAAGAUAUCGACUUGGUUCAAAAUGAUAACAGCAGUCAUAGUUGUGAUCAGCUAUCAGCAAUUUCAAAUGAGGAAUCACUUGUCUGGGACAAGACAAAACAUUUGGAAAUUUCAGACUCUUAUGAACAGUUAUCCAGUAAUGGUCAUUUAUCUCCAGACCAAGAUGCUAAAACAGACCACACCCAACCAAUAGAAGGCUCCAGCACCAUUAUUUCUGCUAGUACAAACCAUUUAUUAUCACAAUCAGAUUCUGAAGGACAAGAGUGUAUAGAAACUAAUGAUACAAAGGAAAAUUUGGAAGAAUCUCUCAAUAUGUCAUCAAGUGAUAUCGUAAGUUGUGUUCAAAAACCUUCAGCAUUAAUUGUAUACAUGAUAUUGUAUGGCGAAGGUGUUAAGAAAGGUUCUUUUUUUCCUAGGAAAUGGAGCCAUGCAAUGUUUUACUGGAAAAUCUUCCUCUGGCUCUUACAGAAGAGGUGUGUUGGUAAUAAUUGUAAUGGUCUGGUAAUACUGUAUUUGCUGUGCUGCAAUGGUGCAGAAUUUAUUUAUUUUUUGUUAUGUAGAAACUUCAAGAGAUUAUAGAACCAUAUGGAGAAAUGGAAUCUUAUAACUUUAAUAUAAACGACGACUCAAGCAAAACAUGUACCAUAAGGUGAGGUUUUAGCAACUACACAUUUUCAAUACUUUGUCAAAAUGUUAAUGUAACCACAUAAAAUAUAUAUCAAUUUUAGGAUGCCCAAUUCUAUGAGUGGUGAAUUGCUGGUUGUUUCCCUAGAUGGUUUAGAAGUAGAUGGUAUGAAACUACCAUUACAUAUUAACAAUAUCACCAUAACAUUCAUAAUCUAGUAAUAAAGACUAACAGGGAAUACUUGAAAUAUUCUGAUUUUUUGAUAGGUUAUCGGAUCAAAGCACAAAUGGAUGACAGCUGAAUCUCAUGAGCCAUUAUAAGUUAUAUUAUUUAAUACAACAUUUUGUUGGAAAUAGAUAUUUUCUUGCUUUAUGAGAACAUUGAAUAGAAUGUUGUAGUUUUGUUUUCCAGUACAUUAUUUUUACUAAGAUGCUUGGAGCUCUGUGGUUUUAAGUGUAAAGUGGAAUUAUCCAUUUGUAAUUAAGACAUGUUUGCUAAUUAGAACAUUUAGUCUAAAAUUUAACUUGGAAGAUAAAUGAAUAAAUUAUAAAAAGAGAAAGCAUUAUAUCUCAUAUUAUAACAGAAAACAAGACAACAUGUAAUUUGAAGUAUUUUAUUUGCAUUUGUCCGUACACUGAUGCUUAUGCUCUGUAUCCACGACUGUUACGACGGCCACGAGCACGCUCAAAUUUACGUCCCCUGGAGCGAACACGGGCUCGUGUGUGGCUGUGGGGCACACCAGGUGCAAGGCCAAAGUAACGCUCAGCUUUUCUUGCCUUUCUGGGACCUGCAAGAAAAAUAUAGUCCACUAUUAAUC